CUGCCUUUGUAGUGAAUACAAGCAACAGCAGAUGGCGCUGACGGCAGUUUAAAAAAAAAAAGCAAGCAGAAGAGAUAAAAAAGAGAAGGCAGGAAAAAAACGGAAUGUUUUUUUAUAGCUGGAGAGAAACCUAAAAGCAGCCAACCUGACUUUUUUCAUGGGACCGUCACAAUCCUCAUACAUUACCACCAGUACAUCCAUUCCUGCAAUUGGGCGAGUGGAAGCCACCGCUGUUUGUAAUUUCGGCUACACCAUAUGAUGAAUUCACAACGUGCUGUUCACGUGCGACGAGAUGUCGAGAAUCAUACGUUACUCUGUAUCAUUGUUUUGUCUCAUUUCGUUUUAUUUGGCAUAUGGUGUGAGUGAAUCUUUGCGGAAAACGCCAACGAUUGAGGCCAAUGUCAGCAGCGACGAUGUCACGGAAACGCAGCAUACCACUUGCAAAAUCGCAACGGAAGAUGUGAUCGCGAACGCACGUGCCACUGUUACAACAGUACUCAGCGGCGCCUGUAAGGCAAAGACGAUGGACGAAAAAUUCGCGAGUCUCGAGGAAAAGUUGAGCAGAGAAUUUGCAGAUGUCAAAUGGUUACUUUACAGCAUUCUAGAGCAACAGUCAAAUUAUUUGAAAAAUGUACGAAACGCUAAUUAUCUUCAGGACGGAGUGUUCGACGGUUAUUUAUCCCCGAGACAAGACGAGAUCAAUAAAUUCAACAACACCAUGCAAAAUUUGAAUGAUUCAACGAAUGCAUUUGCUUAUUACUGGGAGGUGAAAAAUUUCAAUAUGAUGCUGAUGAGCUGGCAGACUGGCCGUUCGAUGCGCAGCUCUACCUUCUACGUGGAUCGCAGCGGUUAUGCCAUGUACCUGAAAAUCACUCCAAAAUACUUUCCCGAUGGCACGGUCUUCGUAGGUGUCGGAUUAACCCGCGGCCGUUACGAUUCCAUUCUUGCGUGGCCAUUUCCUCACAGAAUCCGCCUCGAGGUAUUAGAUCAAUCUUUGAGAGGCGUGCGUGAAGAUCGACGAUCUCGAAUUUGGGAUCCAGUGACGCUUUGUACAGAAGACUUCUGGGGUAGACCUGUGGCGGACAAUCCGGAGUGCGUCGGGAUGAGUAUUCCCAGACGUGUAAUUCUAUCAAAAUCAUUAUCAAUAUCGUCUCGAUAUUCAGGAAAUGCUAGGUAUGUGUGGAAUGGAAGUAUGCUAAUAAAACUUAUCGUUUAUCUGUAGGUUAAGAUAAACAUACAACUAUCAGGAAAUAUUUACUACACAUAUCAGUAAUAUUUUUGCUGCUAUUAUUAAACAAAAUAUGUAUCGUAAUUAUUAUAAAAGAAGAGAAAAAGCAAAAUUAAUAAGUUGUUAUUUUGCAUAUUAAUUAACUAGAUAACAUUUUAUAGAAUUUAUUGAGUACAAUUAA